AUGUGGGGUGAUUCUGGCACUGGCUUAGGGUCCAUGCUCUUUUCAGGUGAAGGUGGACAGUGGGAGCCCCACAGCUCCUCUCGUUGUGUCCCAAUCCCAUCAGGCAUGGCUUUGUGCCAAAACAUUGGCUAUGAUACAAUGAGGAUGCCCAAUCUGCUGGGCCAUGAGUCCCCUGCUGAGGCUGUACAGCAGAGUGCCAGCUGGUUGCCACUACUUGCCCGGGAGUGCCACCCUGAUGCCCGCAUCUUCCUCUGCUCUCUCUUUGCCCCCAUCUGCCUGGACAGGUUUGUAUCACCCUGUAGGAGUCUGUGUGAGUCUGUGCGGGACAGCUGUGCUCCAAUCAUGGGUUGCUAUGGCUACCCCUGGCCAGAAAUUCUGCGCUGUGACCAAUUUCCUGCAGACCAUCUGAUGUGUAUCUCUUCCAUCACCAACACCAGUACUCACGUAGGGGGACGCAGAGUGCCUCAGGCGAGCUGUCGGGACUGUGAGUUGGAAGAGGCCUCCUCUUCUAAAGAUACACUGGAGACAUUCUGUAGGAGUGAUUUUGUGGUAAAGCUGCGUUUGACAAGGCUCAAGUUUAGUCCAGUAAGUCUGGCCCAGUUCUCCCUGGCAUCCAAACUGGAAGUUCUGAAGCACGGACCCCUGCUGGGUGGGCAGAUCCGCUCCCGCAUUGAGCUGUGGCUGGAGAGGGAUGCCACCUGUGUAAGAAACAUGACUCGACAACAUCCCCGAGGCGGCACCUUUCUGGUGACAGGCACAGUGCAGGGGGAGCGCCUUGUGGUCAAUAAGGCCUUCGCCUGGCAGAGACACGACAAGAACCUGGUAGCAGCAGCUCGCAAAUGGAAACAAUACCGAUGCAGGAGCUAG